CUUUGUCGCUUGUCUGCAAUACGCACCUGCUAAAGUUGCUAGCUUGCCCGAGUGAAGUGGCCGUCUUCCCGCCAAACCAUUGGAAUAUCAAGGACGAAGCGGAAUCAGUUGAAGGGAAGCUUGCAUUGCAUGAGAGCGCACAGAGCCUUUCAAUGUUUCAUUUAUCAAUCAACUUCGAUCAAGCAGUGCGCUGCUUCUCUUUUGUCUUCCCCUUUGAUUCCAAGCUUUGCUCAAGGGACACUACUUUAAGUUGUUGCCAAAAGAAGCAAGUUGCUGCAGCGAUCAUGUGGUGGGUUUGAAAGGCAAUGAGACGCAAUUGCACGGCCCUCAGGAAUAGAUGAAUAUUGCAAAAGGCUGUUUACUUCUCAUCUUGUAAACGCGUUGUUUUCUGUGGGGACACAAUCGUGCCGAAGUUUGGAAAUUCUGGUCAAUUGGUCAGAGAAGUUGCUAAAGGUGGACCUACAAAUGCUAUAAUAUGCCUCGUGAGAUCAUCACCUUGCAAGUGGGCCAGUGCGGGAAUCAGAUUGGCACUGAAUUCUGGAAGAAGCUCUGCCUGGAGCACGGGAUCAGCAAGGAUGGCAUUUUGGAGGACUUUGCGACGCAGGGCGGGGACCGUAAGGACGUCUUCUUUUACCAAGCAGACGACGAGCACUAUAUUCCUAGGGCCCUGCUGUUAGAUCUCGAGCCCCGGGUCAUCAAUACAAUCCAGAACAGCGACUACAAAAACCUGUACAACCAUGAGAACAUGUACAUAGCACAGCAUGGGGGCGGGGCAGGGAACAACUGGGCCAGCGGCUAUCAGCAGGGGCAAGAGGUACAUGAAGAGAUUCUGGAAAUGAUCGACCGAGAAGCAGACGGCAGCGACAGUCUGGAGGGCUUUGUCCUGUGCCACUCCAUCGCCGGAGGAACGGGUUCAGGCAUGGGCUCGUACCUCCUGGAGGCGCUGAACGACCGCUACGGCAAGAAGCUGGUCCAGACAUACAGCGUGUUUCCCAACCAGCAGGAUGGAGCCGACGUUGUUGUGCAGCCGUACAACUCCCUUCUCACACUCAAACGGCUCACCCUGAAUGCGGACUGCGUGGUCGUCCUUGACAACACCGCUCUCAAUAGGAUAGCAGAGAACCACCUCCACAUCCAGAACCCCUCCUUCUCUGAGACCAACUCCCUCGUGUCCACUGUCAUGUCCGCCAGUACCACCACUCUGCGGUACCCCGGGUACAUGAACAACGACCUGGUCGGUUUGGUUGCCUCCCUCAUCCCGACCCCCCGCUGCCACUUCCUCAUGACGGGCUACACCCCCCUGACUGCGGAGCGGCAGGGUAAUGCUGUGCGCAAGACCUCCGUGCUGGACGUCAUGAGGCGGCUGCUCCAGGCCAAGAACAUCAUGGUCUCGUCCUACGGCCGCGCCAAGGAGGCGAGCGCCGCCAAAUACAUCUCAAUCCUGAACAUCAUCCAAGGAGAGGUGGAUCCAACACAAGUACAUAAAAGUUUGCAGAGAAUCCGGGAACGGCGGCUGGCCAGCUUCAUCGAGUGGGGCCCCGCCAGCAUACAGGUCGCGCUGUCUCGAAAGUCGCCAUACGUACAGACAGCACACAGGGUGAGCGGGCUGAUGCUGGCGAGCCACACGAGCAUCCGGCACCUGUUCAGCCGCGGCGUGAGCCAGUACGAGAAGCUGAUGAAGAAGCAGGCGUUCCUCGACAACUACCGCAAGUUCUCCAUGUUCGCCGACAACGAUCUGACGGAGUUCGACGAGUCCCGGGAGGUGGUCCAGAGUCUCAUCGACGAGUACAAGGCGUGCGAAACGGCGGACUACAUCAAAUGGGGCAUGGAGGACCGAGGAAAGAGCAUGACUGAUCAGGGGAAUGCGUCAGGCACUAUCGAUUCGAGAGUCCCGCCUUAGUACAACCGCUCAAGCACUGCUGUCAGUCGUUGUUAUCGCCGCACAGCAACGCACACAUUGCUUACAGUCUUGGCGGCCACACAACGAACGUUGUUGUACAGAGCAAAAGGUCGCCAAAUCCGCAGCCGAUUCCUGGGUUUGUGACACCACACAUUGGAUGGCUGAAGCGAAUUGUGUUGGAUGGCUGAAGCGAAUGGUGACGUUGCUGCAUCAUACUUUCUGCGGAUAGUGGUGUACAUACGAAUUGACCUUCCUUUCAAUUCCCGAGUGAAUCUGGGGCGUUAAUUAGGUCCCAUACUCUCUCAACCGCUUGGCC